AUGCAGUUGGGAUACUUUUGGUCUUUUUUCUACUUCUACGCCUCCAUUUUCUUCCUGUGCCUUGGUCUGACUGAUUGUGCACUUGCUGGGAAUGAGACAGACCGGUUGGCUUUGCUUGAAUUCAAGGCCAGGAUAACUCAUGACCCCCUUAGAGUUAUGAGCUCAUGGAAUGAUUCCAUGAACUUUUGCCAGUGGCAAGGUGUUACUUGUGGUCUCAGACACCAGAGAGUCACUUCACUGAAUCUCAUGUCUCUGCAGCUUGAGGGCUCCAUAUCACCUCAUAUUGGAAAUUUGAGCUUUUUAAGAGAGUUGCAUCUACAUAGCAACAGCUUCAGUCAAGAAAUUCCUUCUGAAAUUGGUCGUCUUAGCAGACUGCAGUAUCUCUAUCUCCCUAAUAAUUCAAUUGGCGGUGCAAUUCCAUCAAAUUUAUCCAGAUGCUCCAACCUUAUCAAAUUUCACGUUUAUAACGACCAGCUUAUUGGAGAAAUACCUAUGGAGAUUGGCUCCCUUUCAAAGCCCAAAGUUUUUACUGUUUCUUGCAACAACCUGAUAGGAACUAUCCCAGCCUCUUUUGGAAACUUGUCAUCCCUUGAAUCACUCGCUGCAAGAGAGAAUUACUUCAGUGGGAGUAUUCCCAAUGCUUUAGGCAAACUAACGACCCUUAGGAAGCUUUUCCUUCAUAUUAACACAUUUUCUGGCACAAUCCCUCCUUCAAUCUACAAUCUCUCUUCUCUGACAGAUUUAUAUUUAGCAGGCAACCCAUUUUAUCCUGGUAGUCUUCCCUCCAAUCUAGGAAUCUCACUUCCAAAUCUUCGACAUCUCGGAAUGUUCCAAGCCCAGUUGAUAGGAUCCAUUCCACCAUCAUUGCCUAAUGCCUCAAAUUUAGAAGUGAUCCAACUGCAAUUGAACAGUCUUAUUGGCCAGGUGCCUACUUUUGGGAACUUUCUUGGACUUCAACUCUUUUCUGUCAAAUACAACUUUCUUGGGAAUGGGGGAGCCACUGACUUGAAUUUUCUCUCCUCGUUAACCAAUGCCACCAAUUUACGAGUUUUGGUUGCGGGCGACAAUAACUUUGGAGGAAUGUUGCCUGAACUAAUUGGCAACUUCUCAACUACGCUUGAAAUUAUGCAGUUUAAUGACAAUCAUAUGGUUGGAAACAUCCCAGCAGGGUUACAAAAUCUCAUCAACUUAAUCGUCUUCCUGGCACCAGGCAAUCAUCUCUCAGCAACAAACAAUCUUCAGGGAGACAUCCCCUCUAGUCUUGGAAACUGCCAAAAUUUGCAAAUAUUGGAAUUUUCUUUUAACAAUCUAAGUGGUUCCAUACCUGCACGAGCUAUAGGCCUUUCUUCCUUGUCCAUUUACCUAGACUUGUCUCAUAAUCGAUUGAGUGGUGUCCUUCCCUUACAAGUCGGAAAUCUGAAAAAUUUAAAUGUGCUCAAUGUGUCUGAGAACAUGUUGUCAGGGGAGAUUCCUGGCACUCUGGGUAGUUGUGUGAUGUUAGAAUUUCUAUUCAUGCAAGGCAAUUUCUUCCAAGGACCCAUUCCUUCAUCUUUGAGCUUACUGAGAGGCCUUCAAGAAUUAGAUAUUUCAAACAACAAUUUAUCAGAUAAAAUAAUGGCUCGUAUAAUGCGCACUCUAAAAAGGAUUGUCAGUCAACAACAGCGGGCAAGGGUACAUGCCGCGGCAACCAUGCAGUUGGGAUACUUCUGGUCAUUUUUCUGCUUCUAUGCUUCCGUUUUCUUCCUGUUCCUUGGUCUCACUGAUUGUGCGCUUGGUGGGAAUGAGACAGACCGGUUGGCUUUGCUUGAAUUCAAGGCCAGGAUACCUCAUGACCCCCUUGGAGUUAUGAGCUCAUGGAAUGAUUCCAUUAACUUUUGCCUGUGGCAAGGUGUUACUUGUAGUCACAGACACCAGAGAGUCAUUUCACUGAAUCUCAUGUCCCUGCAGCUUGCAGGCUCCAUAUCACCACAUAUUGGAAAUUUGAGUUUUUUAAGAGAGUUGAGUCUAGAUAACAACAGCUUCAGUCAAGAAAUCCCUUCUGAAAUUGGUCGUCUUAGCAAACUGCAGUAUCUCUAUCUCUUCAAUAAUUCACUUAGCGGUGGGAUUCCAUCAAAUUUAUCCAGAUGCUCCAACCUUAUCAAAUUUCACGUUGUAAACAACCAGCUUGUUGGAGAAAUACCUAUGGAGAUUGGCUCCCUUUCAAAGCUCACACUUUUUGCUGUUUCUGGCAACGACCUGACAGGAGCUAUCCCAGCUUCUUUUGGAAACUUAUCAUCCCUUGAAUCACUCGCUGCAGGAGAGAAUUACUUCAGUGGGAGUAUUCCCAAUGCUUUAGGCAAACUAACGACCCUUAGGAAGCUUUUCCUUCAUAUUAACACAUUUUCUGGCACAAUCCCUCCUUCAAUCUACAAUCUCUCUUCUCUGACAGAUUUAUAUUUAGCAGGCAACCCAUUUUAUCCUGGUAGUCUUCCCUCCAUUCUAGGAAUCUCACUUCCAAAUCUUCGACAUCUCGGAAUGUUCCAAGCCCAGUUGAUAGGAUCCAUUCCACCAUCAUUGUCUAAUGCCUCAAAUUUAGAAGUGAUCCAACUGCAAUCGAACAGUCUUACUGGCCAGGUGCCUACUUUUGGGAACUCACUUGGACUUCAACUCUUUUCUAUCGAAUACAACUUUCUUGGGAAUGGGGGAGCCAGUGACUUGAAUUUUCUCUCCUCGUUAACCAAUGCCACCAAUUUACGAGUUUUGGUUGCGGGCGACAAUAACUUUGGAGGAAUGUUGCCUGAACUAAUUGGCAACUUCUCAACUACGCUUGAAAUUAUGCAGUUUAAUGGCAAUCAUAUGGUUGGAAACAUCCCAGCAGGGUUACAAAAUCUCAUCAACUUAAUCGUCUUCCUGGCAGCAGGCAAUCAUCUCUCAGGUAACAUUCCAACUGUAAUUGGAGAGCUUAAAAAUCUACAUAUACUGAGUUUAGAUUUUAAUGAGUUAUCGGGGUAUAUUCCAGCUUCUGUUGGGAACUUAACCAAUUUAUAUGCAUUUUUUUUAGCAACAAACAAUCUUCAGGGAGACAUCCCCUCUAGUCUUGGAAACUGCCAAAAUUUGCAAAUAUUGGAUUUUUCUUAUAACCAUCUAAGCGGUUCCAUACCUGCACAAGUUAUAGGCCUUUCUUCCUUGUCCAUUUACCUAGACUUGUCUCAUAAUCGAUUGAGUGGUGUCCUUCCAUUACAAGUAGGAAAUCUGAAAAAUUUAAAUGUGCUCAAUGUAUCUGAGAACAUGUUGACAGGGGAGAUUCCUAGCACUCUGGGUAGUUGUGUGACGUUAGAAUUUCUAUUCAUGCAAGGCAAUUUCUUCCAAGGACCCAUUCCUUCAUCUUUGAUCUCACUGAGAGGCCUUCAAGAAUUAGAUAUUUCAAACAACAAUUUAUCUGGUGAAAUUCCAGAAUUUUUAGGGGACUUGAUCUACUUGCAAGUUUUGAACCUAUCCUACAACAAUUUUGAGGGUGUGGUGCCAGUAGGAGGAGUUUUCAAGAAUGCAAGUCGAACUUCAGUCAUUGGAAAUAGCAGACUUUGUGGAGGAACACCCGAAUUUCAUCUCCCUGGAUGCAACUUUAAACGCUCAAAAGGGAAACUGUCCCUUGCAUGGAAGAUAGUAAUAUCGACACUUUCUGGGCUGCUAUGUGUAAUUCUUGUGCUUUCUAGUUAUUUCCUAUUUUUAACUAGAAAGAAAAGAAACGAACCUACUUCAGACUUUGCUGAAAAUUUGCAUUUGAUGGUGUCUCACCAUAGUCUCUCAAAAGCUACAGAUGGUUUCUCCUUGGCUAAUUUGAUUGGAGCUGGUAGCUUUGGAUCUGUAUAUAAAGGAAUUCUUGAUCAAAGUGGAAUGGCUAUUGCUGUCAAGGUGUUUACUCUUGUACGCCAUGGAGCUUCAAGGAGUUUUACAGCGGAGUGUGAGGCUUUACGGAAUAUUAGACAUCGAAAUCUCAUCAAGAUACUAACCGUAUGCUCAAGUGUUGAUUAUCAGGGGAAUGAUUUCAAAGCUCUAGUCUAUGAGUUCAUGGCUAAUGGGAGCCUGGAGGAGUGGUUACAUCAGAAGCCAACAACAGAGGAGACACAAGAAACUCCGAGGAGUUUGAAUUUGCUUCAGAGACUAAAUGUCACCAUUGAUGUUGCUUGUGCACUGGAUUAUCUUCACCAUCAGUGUGAAACGCCAAUUGUUCAUUGUGAUCUCAAGCCAAGCAAUGUUCUCCUGGACCAUGAUAUGACAGGACAUGUAGGUGAUUUUGGAUUGGCAAGAAUCCUUUCAGAAGCCACACAAGACUUGCCUGCUAGUCGAACAAGUUCAGUUGGUGUAAGGGGAACUGUUGGUUACGCUGCUCCAGAAUAUGGGAUGGGAAGUGAAGUGUCAACUGAUGGUGAUGUAUACGGCUAUGGCAUCCUCUUGUUGGAGAUGUUUACGGGAAAGAAGCCAACCAAUGACAUAUUUAAAGAAGGUUUGAACCUUCACAACUUCGUUAGGGCAGCUCUGCCUGAUAGAAUGCCAGAGAUUGUGGAUCCAUUUCUGCUUCGAGAAAUUGUCAAAUGGGAAAAUGGGGGCGCAGGAGGCUGUAGAGUUCGGAAGAGCUUAGUUUCUAUAUUAGAAAUUGGAGUUGCUUGCUCUGCAGAACUUCCACAUGAACGGAGGAAUAUCAGCAAUGUUGUGGCAGAGCUGCAAUCAAUAAAAAACGAACUCCUUGGAGCUAGGGGACACAGAACUAUUACACUGUAA